AUGGGUUCCCUUCAGGCAUUCUGCUUAGUGAUACUAUCGCUGACUGCAAUAGUGUACUCUCAGGAGGAUGAUCGCUUCAAAGAAGUCAAAAGUAUCAAUCCUAUUAUUAGGUAUUGGGCGCAGACGAGGCUACGGAAAAAACUCCCGAUGCUUGAAGCUUUGGCAUCAAAAAAGAAGGAAUCAGACUCACAAAAGUACCGUAACUGCUAUUUUUCACCGGUACAAUGUCAGUUACCCGUUCUAAUCAAUAUCGAUCCAUUGGCAAGUGCAAUAAAGCCGGACCUACAACAGGACAUUUACACACGUUUUAGACGAUAUCGAAAAUAG